AUGCUGUUCUUCGACUACGGUCUCGCGUUCGUCCUGGCGGCGCUCUCUGUCGUUGAUGCGGCACCGGUCAACAAGGCCCCUGUUGGUAUCCAGGUUGUUCCCAAUGGAUACAUCGUCGUGAUGAAAGCCAGAACCUCUCCCGAGAGAUUCGAGCGCCACCGGAAAUGGGUCGGUAACAUGCGGAAGAAUCGCAAGGGCAUCAAAGCCCCCAAGGCCCUCAGAUCGUUCCAGUUCAACAGCGGCUGGAAGGGAUACUCUGGUGUUUUCGACAGCGAAACCCUCAUCCAGAUUGCCAAUGAUGAAGACGUCGACUACAUCGAAGAGGAUGGCAUUGUGACCGCCAAUGCUCUCAUUACUCAGACCGGCGCCCCCUGGGGAUUGGCUCGCGUUUCCUCGCGCACCCCCGGCGCCAAAAACUACGUUUAUGACUCGACCGCUGGUCAAGGGGUCACCGCCUACAUUAUCGACACUGGGAUCGAAACGAGCCACCGGGACUUUGGCGGUCGCGCGAAAUGGGGAACCAACACCGUCGACUCGCAGAACACCGACUGCCACGGCCACGGCACUCACGUUGCGGGAACCGUUGCUGGCACCACCUACGGUGUUGCCAAAAAGGCCAACCUGAUCGCUGUGAAGGUGCUUAACUGCCAGGGCAGCGGAUCUAACUCGGUUGUCAUCCAGGGAAUGCAGUGGGCUCUCAACCAUGCCACUCAGAACGGGAUCACCAAGAAAGCAGUCGUGAAUAUGAGCUUGGGCGGUGGCUAUUCCCAAGCUACCAACCAGGCUGCGGCCGCAAUUGUCAAAGCUGGUAUAUUCCUUGCCGUGGCUGCUGGUAACGAUGCUGCCGACGCUUCCAAAUAUUCUCCCGCUUCCGAGGUAACCGCUUGCACUAUUGGCGCCUCAAAUUCCAGCGACCUCAUUGCCAGUUUCUCCAACCGGGGCAAACUAGUUGAUGUCUUUGCUCCGGGCGUCGAUAUCCAAUCUACCUAUGUUGGCGGGGGUACCAAAUCCAUGUCUGGAACCUCGAUGGCCUCGCCCCAUGCCGCCGGGCUUGGUGCUUAUCUCAUCGGCCUGGAGGGCAUUAGCGGAAACGCUGUUUGCGAGCGCAUGAAGGCUCUCUCCAGCGCUGUUGUUCGAGGCGUUCCAAGCGGCACCACCAACAAACUAAUAUACAAUGGCGUCAAAUAG